UACUUAAUCUAGGGGAUAUCCGAUGUAGAGUUGAAGGGAUAGCCACGUACUCAUAAGCAUUCCAACCCUUUUGCCGGUACUCAAACCACACCAACAUGAAAGGCUUAAUGAAUCUUCUAGCCAUCGUGGCUUUCUCUGGGCUAGCCCUAGGGGCAGAAGAGCCUAAAGGGGAGCUCAAAAUUGAAGUUGUUUCCAAGCCCGAAAAGUGCACACGAAAGACCCAUGUAGGGGAUACCCUUUCAAUGCAUUACACGGGACGGUUAGCAAAUGGCAACAAGUUCGACUCAAGUCUAGAUAGAGGCAAAACCUUCGACUUUACACUCGGCAAAGGCAUGGUUAUCCAGGGUUGGGAACAAGGUUUACUCGAUAUGUGCAUCGGAGAGAAACGUAAACUGACUAUCCCGCCACAUCUAGCAUAUGGUGAGAAUGGUGCAGGUGCGGCUAUCCCACCCCACGCCACACUUUACAUGGACGUCGAACUUGUAGAGAUCCAGGGCAGCAAAGAAAGUGAUCCCAAUGUAUUUGGCAUGAUUGACAAGAAUAACGACAAGGUGUUGACACAAGAGGAAGUAAAGAAUUACUUGAAAGAACAGGGAGGCAUGCCAAGUGAUGAUGAGGCUAGCCAUGACACCAUCGUGUCUGAGAUAUUCCAGCAAGAGGAUAAGGAUAAGGAUGGUACAAUAUCUUUUGACGAGUUUACCGGCCCAAAGCGUGAUGAGCUCUGAGUUUGAUGUUUGGAUGAAGGACAAAGAAAACUGGGAAUAAUGUCUAUGUAUGAAAGUUCAUUUAAGCUUAUUGAACAAAAAAAAAGACCCUUUGACACUAUUCACAAAAUUGGUCAAAAGUUGUGUACUGAACAGACCGUUGAUAUUUAUGUUGUUGUUAUAAAGAAAGUACUGGUAUAUGGUCACAUGUAUAUAAUGAAAUGACAUAUGUCGCCUUGUUAUAUUACUGUAUCAUUUAGCAACUAGCUUUGUUUUAUUUCGUUAACCAUAAUUCUGUGCUAUAUUGAAUUAUUUUGAUACAUCAGCUGAUUUAUGAGCUAUUAUCCGACUCUUAUAUCAGCAUAGACAAUGUAAUUAGAGUUAGAGCUGUGUAUUCUUUAAUAAGUAAAGAUUGAUUUUAAAA